ACUGAAAGCUCCUUGGAGCAAAGCAAAGUUUAGACUUCAGAUUCAAGCAAGCACCUUUGUCUAUAUAUAUUGAAAUCCGAGUUGCUCAAAUUGGAGACCAAUGCCAUAUAUGAAAAUGAAGUGCCUAGUAAUGGAGAGGCAUAAGGCUUAUGUUGCAAUGCUCUUCAUACAGUUUGUGUAUGCAGGUAUGGCCUUGUUCUCAAAGGCAGCAAUUUCUAAAGGAAUGAACCCUUAUGUCUUUGUGGUUUAUCGUCAAGGUUUUGCCUCCCUUGCCUUGGCUCCCUUUGCGUUCUUCCUUGAAAGUUCAAAAGAAGCUCCUCUUUCCUACACCUUACUCUGCAAGAUUUUCUUAGUCUCCUUAUCUGGGAUUACCCUGAGUUUAAAUCUCUAUUAUGUUGCAAUCAACUACACCUCUGCAACCUUUGCUGCAGCCACCACCACUUUAAUUCCUGCGAUCACUUUUUUCAUGGCCGUUUUAUUAAGGAUGGAAAGCAUUUCUAUGAAACAUUUGAACGGAGUGGCCAAGGUGUUGGGUUCUCUCACAAGCCUUUCAGGAGCAUUGGUGUUUGCUUUAGUGAAAGGGCCUUCCAUAAACUUCAACUGGUUUCCAUCAAAUCAAAGGCAAAUUCCACACCCCUCCUCAUCAACUUCCUCCACAGGAGGAGACUGGUUAAAAGGUUCCCUCAUCAUGAUCUCGGCUAAUACUGCAUGGGCUUUGUGGUUAAUUUUGCAGGGUCCCAUUAUCAAGCAAUAUCCGGCAAAGUUGAGGCUUACCACUUUGCAAUGCUUCUUCAGCUGCAUCCUGUCAGCUUUCUGGGCCAUUGCAUUUGAGAGAAACCCAUCAGCUUGGAAGAUUGGAUGGGACAUUCAUCUUCUCUCUGUUGUCUAUUGUGGUGUAAUUGUAACUGGGAUUACUUAUUGGCUGCAAGUUUGGGUUAUAGAGAAGAAGGGCCCGGUAUUCACUGCAUCGUUCACUCCAUUAUCACUUAUUAUAACAGCCGUCUUCUCAGCGUUCAUGUGGAAAGAAGCCAUCUACUUGGGAAGUAUCGGAGGGGGUGUAUUGCUAGUUGCGGGUCUCUAUGGGGUGUUGUGGGUAAAGAAGAAAGAGGACCAAAGGAGGCAAGAAAGUGAUCAAAAACAAGAAAACAAGCCGGAAGUCGUAUAACAUGAUAUAGAUGGGAUGGGAGGGAAUUUAGUAUUUCUAAGUUUUGAUUGCAGUGUAUAUAGACAUGGAUGCUAUCACAUAGAUUUGUAUUUGCUAAUUAACUUCGAAACUCGGAGCUGUGCUAAAAAUUAUCAAUGGUUAAAUCUCGUGGAUAAGCGUAAA